AUGCAAGAAGUUGAAGUGGCUCCACGAGAUGUCUUUAAACAUUAUAUUAAUGUACCCCAAGGCAAUACAAUCACUUGGCAGUUUUCUACAAAAAAGAAAAACAUUUCAUUUGGCCUAUUUCAAAGAACUCCGUCAUUACCUUCAACAGCAAAUAGCAUUUUCAAUGCAGCAAACUCAUUAGCAACAACUGGUGCCCCUUUAGAACCUCUAUUAUCUCCGAAUUUACCUUUUAGACCUUCGACUCCUACCUCUCUUAAAACUGGAAGAGCAAAUAGCUAUUAUAGUCUCACAAGUCCUGCGAGUAGAGCUUCUUUUGACACUAUAGAUCCUGAGGAGAUUGAGGAUGAAAAUGGUAGCACCUCAUUUGGAACUGCUUCAGUUUAUUCUCAUCAAAGCUCUGCAAGAAGUAGUCACAAGAAAUUAGCGGUCACACAACUUUUAAAAGAUCUUGAUUUAAAAGAAAUAUUGCCAAUUGAGCAUUAUAAUUCUGCAACUUCUACUAUCAAAGGCAGCUUUCAAGUCGAGGAAGAAGGAACAUAUUGUUUAUGUUUUGGUAAAUAG